AUCGCUGGCGCUUCAUCCACCCUAUUUACUAAAAGCCCCCUCCGGGAGACCCCUCCAGUGCGCAGCCUCCGUCUCUCCUCCACUUCUCCCGUUAGAAGAUGGCGCUGAGCCGCUUCCUCUUCGCCCAGUGCGUGCUCUAUUUCCUCGCCUUCCUCUUCAGCUUUGUCGCCGUUGUGCCGCUUUCGGAGAACAGCUCGGACUUCCUCGGGAAAUGCCUGCUGUUCACGGAGGGCGUUUGGCUGAGUGUGAACGGCACCGCGGAGAGGGAGCACUUCACGGUGGAGGAGUGGGGGCCCGGGUCCGCCUGCAGCUUCAGCCUCUUCACCGGCCUGCUCUCCCUGCUGGUCGCGGCCCUGCAAGCCUGGAGGACGGUGUACUUCCUGUGCAAGGGCCAUGAGGACUCCUUCUUUUAUGCCUUUGUGAAUCUGCUGAUCAGCGCCUUUGUGGUUUUCGUCAUCUUUGUUGCCAGUACGAUAGUGAGCGUCGGGUUUAACAUGUGGUGCGACACAAUCACAGAGAAAGGAACCAUGCACAACAGCUGCGAAGAGCUACAGGAGAGAGAUCUUGAACUCAACGUGGAGAGCUCGUCAUUUUAUGACCAGUUUGCCGUUGCAGAAUUUGGAUUAUGGGCGUCCUGGCUGACCUGGUUGGGUAUAUCGGUUCUUGCGUUCUUGAAAGUCUACCACAAUUUCAGACAGGAGGAUCUGCUGGACAGCCUGAUUUAUGAGAAAGAGCACCUGAUCGGAAAAUCCCCUUCACAAAACUCUAUGCAGGGAGAGAAAAAUGGCAUGAUUUAAUACCCGUGUCAUCGUGUUCUACGGUGUUAACUCGCUAUAUUCCAUUAUUUUAUAAAUGAGCAAUUCGCUUCUUACCGAGACAUAUAACACGCUCCUUAUGUACACCAAUACAUGUUAAUAUCCUCCAAAAAAACAAACAAAAAACCCCAGAUUCAAAUAAUCAAAGAUUAUUCAUGAAACUGUGAGUUUGUAGUUGAGUUGAGGGGGAAUUAAACAUUUCAGUUUGCCAACUUCACUAUGCAUGAAGAAAAGCCAGACCCAAACUCAUAGUUUGGUCAAUAAACCCCUCCGAGGUCCACUAAACCAUGUAAUAAGUCUCCGUGCAACCCCACAAGGUAAACGCAUUACAAAAA